AUGGAUACGAUGGAUUCCACCCUCGACGAGACCACCCUCUCGACUAUCUCACUGCUGGAGGGGCGAAUACUACGGAUAGAGCAUCUCCUUUACGGUCACUCAACACCACAACCAAAGACGACGGCAGUCGACAGCUUGCAAGAGCUCGAACUGCGCUUCUCCAAACUCCUACAACAUAUUCGCGUCUACGGCGAGCUUCUCAGGCUCUACAAGUCACAACCAUCGUUGUUCCAACCACCGCCGUCCUCGCAACCACCACUCGACCUCUCCCAAGAUGCCAUCCGCGCGACCGUCCUUGCCGCUGCGACUUCAUACCCAGCCAUUGCGUCGUCCCUGACAUCCAUUGCCGACACGCCCAUACCCGAUCCGGCUCAGUCGGCCAAUCUAGCCGCGUUAGCACCGAGAAUGAGAGGGAUAGAAGCAAUCCAAUUAGCGCAGGCCGCCGAAAUCUCCGAGUUGCGGGCUCGUAGCGAAAUCGCCGUGCGGCAAUGGCACGCCUACGACGUGAUGGGCUACGCCGAUUCCAUGGCUCGUGUCGAGGGGCGCAUCGAGAUGGUCGAUCGGGCAAUAAAGACUAUCGAGAAGUCGAGGGAGGAGAUCUGA